AUGGGUGCUCAAAUCAGUAAAGUCGAAGAUACAAUUCAUGAUGUCUAUAAGAAAACAUGGCCACAAGCGUAUUUGGCUCCAUCAUUUCUUGCAUCGCUCGGUGCUUUAGGUUACGUUGGAUAUGCUUUUUCUCAAGGAAAACCAACACCUUCAUCCCCCAGCGUAUCCUUUUUACAUUUACUCGGUGUUGCCGGUGGAUUCGGUAUCAGUUUCUGGAUCACUGCCGUACAUGGUCGUGCUGUUCAGCGUAUGUUGACGCGUCAUGAAUUCGCCACAGUACAAUCGCAUUUAUCAACAGUAUAUUUCUCUUCAUCAGCUGUGUUAGCUAGUUUAAGUUUAGGAACGUUCUUACUUCGUCAUCCAUUCUCAGCCUGGUCCAAAGAAGCAACUCAAUUGGGUGCCGCAUUAAUUGCUGCAUUAGUAGCAGCUGAAGUCAACAGUCUUGUUCUCAAUCCAUUGGUAACAAAUUUGAUGUUAGACCGAAAUAACAUCGAAUUUUUACAAGCAGCUAAAACUAGUGAUGAUAUCGAUCGAUUAGUUCGCAACGAUCAAAAAUAUCGUGGCAUUAACAAUAAAUUCAAUCUUUUUCACUCACUAUCAAUGAUUUCAGGUCUUGUCUAUCACGGUGUUCAAUGGUAUCAUCUCUAUUUCCUUGCUGAUCAUUGUCUGGUACUUUAA